AUAAUUAGACUAGAUUUCCAUAUAUGAGGAUUGAGACGAAAUUCCUUUCAGGUUUCGCUCAGUACAACGAUCCUUCCUUUGUUUUGUGUGCUUCUCAGCAGUUACUACAAGCUUAUAGUAAACGAGAACAUCGAGCCAAUACGACUUAACCCUAAUAAUGAGGUUCAACAGUGUGACCCCCUUCAAAUUCUUCCUCCACCUCUUUACACUCUUUACGCACCUCCAAGCUCACACCACAGUUAACAAUUUCACAAUCAGUUGCGGCGCCACUGGAACAUCCUACGACGGUGAAAGAACAUGGACAGGGGACACAGGUUCAAUGUUCUUCUCUAAUCAAGACAACACCGUUUCCGCUAACCCAACACCACCACAACCUAAUUCCACCCUUCAAGUACCCUACAACACGGCACGUGUGUCUCGUUCCCAGUUCAAUUAUUCCUUCCCGGUAACCCCAGGCUCCUAUUUCCUUCGCCUCUUCUUCUACCCAGCUUCUUACCCUUCCUUUCCCCGUACACAAGCAUCCUUCACCGUUCAUUGCAACCAGUUCACUCUCUACAGUUUCAACGCCGACGCAGAAGACUCGGAAACCGUCUUCAGAGAGUACGUGCUCAACGUUCACAACAGUGAGACACUCAACCUCAGCUUCACUCCCUCACAACCUAACUCCCACGCUCUCAUCAACGGAAUCGAGGUAUUUUCUAUCCCAAGCGAUCUCUAUUACAGAACAGCGUGUAUCAGGAAGAGAUCAUCUAAGUUGACUUGGGACUUCCCCGUUGACUCUGGCUUCUACUACUUGGUUAGCCUCCACUUUUGUAAACUUGACCAGAACAUUACUAACAUCGCUGACAGGGUGUUCUGCAUUUACAUAGGGAGCGACCUGGCUGACGAUCACGCUGAGGUUAUGAGAUGGAGCAACCAAGGUAAAGGUCUCGCUGUGCAGAGAAAUUUCGUCCUUUUGAUUCCCAAAAAGGAUACUCAGGAAAAGGUUAGUCUCUCGCUCCAAUUGCAUCCUUAUUUCAAUUCGAGCAAUCUGUGCUUGAACGGUGUCGAGAUCUUCAAAAUCAGAGACUCCAACAACCUCGCCAGACCGAACGUGCAGAACGGUCUUGCGGUCGGAAAGAGAAGGAACGUCUUAUCAAUCGUAAACGGAACGAAUUACACCACAAAACAGAAAAUUAUCAUAGCAGGGGUGGUAUUCGUCUUGGUCUCGUUUGUUGGUUUCGCCGUCGUUUGGUGCGUAUUAUCCAAGUUCAAUUUACGCUCGUUCUCAACCAAUGUAUACCAACUGCCAACCAAUGCACACGAAUUGUCAACCAACACGCUCAUCUGCCGGCGUUUAUCCCUCGUCGAGAUCAAAGCCGCCACCAAAAACUUUGACGACGCUGCCGUGGUCGGCGUCGGGGGAUUUGGCCACGUGUACAGGGGCACCAUCCGAAGAAUUUUCAUGCCGGUGGCACUUAAGCAUUUCAGACCGGGUUCAAAUGGCCCUACAAAGUUCCUGGACGAGAUGGAGGUGGCUAUCAAGCGCCACAAACCGGGUUCAAAGCAGGGCGCAGAAGAGUUUCUGAACGAGAUCGAGUUGCUCUCGCAGCUCCGCCAUCGCAAUCUCGUUCCACUCAUCGGUUACUGCAACAGCAAGGAGGAGCUGAUCCUGGUCUAUAGUUUCAUGGCUCGUGGCAACCUCCGCGACCAUCUCUACAACAGCGAGAAACCUCCGUUGCCAUGGAAGCGACGCUUGCAGAUUUGUAUCGACGCAGCGCAGGCGCUUCAUUAUCUCCACUGUUGCGCCAAAACAUACACGAUCAUCCACAGCGACGUGAAAACCACGAACAUCUUGUUGGAUGAGGAGUGGGUGGCUAAGGUUUCGGACUUUGGGCUUUCCAGAAUUGGACCCAUAGUUGAGUCCAAGGCUCAUGUCUGCGACACCGCCAUGAAGGGUAGCUUUGGGUAUAUAGAUCCAGAAUAUUAUAAACGGCAAUAUUUGACGGAAAAGUCUGACGUGUACUCUUUCGGGGUAGUGUUGUUUGAGGUACUUUGCGCUCGUCCGCCGCUGAUCCGCUUCGCGGAGCCAAUACAAGAGUCGCUUUGUAAUUGGGUUAGGUACUGUUACCAAAAAGGAACCAUGGCACAGAUAUUGGACCCCAGCUUGAAUGGGAAGAUCGCGCCCAAAUGCUUUAGAAUGUUUUGCAAGAUUGGGGUGAGUUGUUUGUCGGAAAUUGGGACGCUUAGACCGUCCAUGAAUGAUGUGGUUGGGAACCUUAAGUAUGCUCUGCAACUACAAGAAAUUGCAGAUAUUAGCGAGGCGUAUUCUAAUACCAAAAACCCAUUGUCUGGUUAGGCA